UCAAAGUUGUAAGCUGUGGUCGUGGAUCAUAGUCGCUGAAAGAAACAAAGAAGGUUCUGAUCGUCGGAUGAAAAAAAACAAUGGAUCUACAAAAGUCCUACGAUUUUCCAAACUAUAUCCAUUCCGCUUACAAAUAUUGCAUUUGUGAGCGGAAGCGCAGUGUUAUUUUUUGCAAUCACUGCAAGGAAACUUUUGUGGGACGCAUUUCCCAGCAAUGCCCAAAACAUCCUGAAGUGACUUUUCUGAUGGAUGCUCGUCAUUGUGCGUUCUGCGGGGCCAAUGUUCAUUAUUUGCAGAUCACUGGCCAAAAUUGAGCCCCAAUGAAGAAUAAAUAUUCAAAUGCAAUGCUGUCGUUGACGAAGCUUGCAAAUAAAAAUAAACAUUACUGGAGCAGAUACUAUACAUAAGCAUAAUGUAUACGUUGAAAUAAAGCGAAAUUUGUAAAUAAAA